AUCAGCCUCUAUUGGAUUCGUCUUCCCUUUCCCUCGAUCUCCAGUGUGGUCGUGCAGUGUUCUCUUUCUUGCCUGAGAUACGAAGAUCAGCCCCUGAGCCGAUCCCAUGGCUGCUUCUUCCCUCUCCCGUCCAGCAACGCCGGCCGCGCUCCGGCACGGGGCGUGCCACGGGCUGGGGCUGGCGCUACCGAGGAGUUUGCCGCUGUCGGCGGCAACGCGAUGCGCCGCGCUACGCCGGGACGCGAGCGGCGGCCGGGACCAGUACGGAGGCGCGCUGGUGGACGAGGGCAUGCCCGUGCUGCGGCGGCGGAUCCGGGAGGCGUGGAUGGUGGAGACCAACUACGAGGCGCCCGCCGAGUGGGCGCCGUGGGAGAAGCGGUACUACCCCGCCUACGUCUCCGACGUGUCUAGCCUCGUCGGCGCGCUGCAGCUGCUGCUCAUGGGCACCAGGCCCGGCGUCGCCAUCGCCGUCGCCGCCCUGGUGCUGGCCAGCGUCCCCGUGUCCACCGUCGCCGCGCUACACCAUCUGGCGAUGGUGGCCGAGGCCGUCCUGCAGUCCGUCCAUCACAUUUCUUGAUCCAGUCGGACCAUCUUUUGGUCUCCUUUUUUCUUUUCAUUUGUAACCUUGAGGCAGUCUGCCGCGUGAAUAGUAUUGGAGGCUUGUAGUUGCAGCUGGAUUGAUCUAAAGAUUCUUUAGCCUUGACA